AUGCCGUGCGAGCUCACCGUCGAGGCUCGGAAGGCCCUCCAAGAGGAGGUGACCGCUCUGGGCAACGAGAUUCGCGGUCUCAAAGAGCAGAAGGCGAACCCUGACCUGGUGAAGGAGCGUGUGGCCAAAAUGUUAGCCCUCAAGAAGCAACUAGGAGACGAAGGAAAGCCGGGCAAAUUUGUGCUGAAGUGCCCGAAAGGAACCCGGGACUAUGGGCCGAAAGAGAUGGCCGUUCGUGAGGCUGUUUUCUCGACCAUCGUAGAUGCUUUUAAGGGCGGCGAGCUGCUGAGCAUGCGUUAUGACCUGACGGUGCCUUUUGCCCGGUAUUUGGCGAUGAACAAAAUCCGGAAUAUUAAACGAUACCACAUCGCCAAGGUCUAUAGACGGGAUCAGCCGGUGAUGACGCGCGGAAGAUAUCGUGAAUUUUAUCAGUGUGACUUUGAUAUCGCCGGCGAAUAUGAGAAGAUGCUGCCCGAGGCGGAAUGCCUGAAAGUCGUUGAUGAGGUUUUGGCAAAAUUGGACGUCGGAAAUUUCCGAAUCAAGGUAAACCACCGCCUACUUCUCGAUGCGAUGAUUGGGGCUAGCGGCGUGCCCGAGGCUAACUUCAAGACCCUGAAAGAUGUCCCGGCUCGUACGAAUUCCACAGAGGUCUUUGUCGCGUCUGCGCAGAAUGACAUGCUGGAAGAGCGGAUGAAGCUGUUGCGGCUGCUUUGGGAUAAUGGCAUCAAGGCGGAAAUGGCGUACAAAAAGAACCCAAAGCUUCUGAAUCAGUGCCAGUAUUGUGAAGGCAACCAGAUUCCGCUGAUGUUGAUUGUCGGUGGACAAGAAAUCCAGGACGGUGUCGUCAAACUUCGGGUUGUGCAAAAGAAGCGGGAGGACGGGGAACGUGAUGUGGAUGUUCCACGGGAUGGACUCAUCGCUGCGAUCAGGGAUGCUCUGAAGAACCAA